AUGGUUGAAAAUGACUUGGUUACUGCAAGGCAAGCUGAUCGAAGCUUAGGCAGCCAAGACUUUAGCAGAUGGUUGACAAUGGGCCGCCUCAUUUCUGCCAGUUUUGGCAAGACCUCACUCUCAUUGGAGCACUGGGAAAUGGUCAAGGAGCUGGAGAGGCACAUAAUUAAUGAGAAGAGGUUUGAGGCUAAAGUCGAAAUAGAGGAAGAGGAAGGAAGGAGAGUGGUAGUAGCAGUGAAGGAGCAUGGCAUGUUGCAUGACGAAAAGAUUCUUGAGGGGGACCCACGAAAGGCUACAAAGAAGGAGAAAGACAAACCAGUUGCAAAACCGUGUUCUCUCUGCGUACUUUCAUCUUCUUCACCUUCACCUUCAUCUUCCCACAAUUCAUCUCUCAAAUCAUCAUCAUCACCUCUUGCAAGAUUACGUCGUACACUAUCUCCAAGCAGCUGGAAAUCCCUCGAUAUUUAUAACAUUUCUGUUCCAGCUACCACAAAAACUAACAACUACUACUCAACCGGCGACCACCUCCAAAUGGUCUUUGACUGCUUUGACGAGGAUGGAGAUGGAAAGAUAUCUGCUGCUGAGUUGCGAAGCUGUAUUACCAGUGUUGGAGGCCAGCUUUCCAUCGAGGAAGCUGAGGCAGCCGUCAGCUCCUCUGACGUGGAUGGAGAUGGGCUGUUGGGAUUCCAGGAUUUCCAAAGCUUAAUGGCUGGCAGUAGUGCUUCGGAGGAGGAGAAGGCGGAGGAGCUCAAACAGGCUUUUGGAAGGUACGAGACAGAGCCUGGCUCUGGCUGCAUGACUCCUAAUAGCUUGAAGAGGAUGUUAAGUCGAUUGGGUGAGUCCAGGUCCAUUAACGACUGUAAGGCUAUGAUCCGUACAUUUGAUCUCAAUGGAGAUGGUGUCCUUAGCUUCCACGAGUUUUCUGUCAUGAUGCACUAG